AUGGUGCUCUAUUUCACUUCGACAGCAGUGGAUCCACCGGCGACGAUCUACAUGGGCAAAGACAAGUUCGAGAACGAAGAGUUGCUCAAGUAUGGUCUUGAACGAGACGUCUGGUUCCAUGUUGAUAAACUCUCUUCCGCUCACGUCUACCUUCGUCUGCCUACCCAGAUCGAGAGCUGGGAAGCGAUACCAGAAGCAUUGAUCAACGACUGCUCACAACUCGUCAAAGCAAAUUCGAUCGAAGGUAACAAAAAGUCGAAUUUGACCGUCAUCUAUACUCCGUGGGCCAAUGUCAAGAAGAGUGGCGACAUGGCGGUCGGCGCCGUCACGUUCCAUAACGAUCGAAAGGUGAAGAGGUUCCAUGUCAAGGAGAAGGAUAAUGCGGUGGUCAAUCGGUUAAACAAGACAAAGAAGGAGAUUCAAGUAGAUCAUGAGGCGGAACGUCAGGAUCGUCUGCGUCAAGAGGGAAGAUUGAAAAAGGCCAAGGCGAUCGAAGACAAGAAGGCGCAGCAGGCCGAGCAGAAGAAGAGAAAGGAGGAAGCCGAGGCCCGCGACUACUCAAAACACGAAGACCAAGAGCACGAUGAUGGCAUGGACAGCGACGACUCCUUUAUGUAA